AUGUCGCGCACGGCGGUACCCCCCACUCCUCGACGUUCUCGACGCUUUGCACCCUUUAUCCGACAGACGGCAAAAUCGAACUGCCCAAUCGAAUGGAAUGGGGAACCAGUACUGACGCGAUCGACGAAUGUUGAGCAAGACCUAUACCCUGAGGAGCGCGAAGCGCGGGAGGAGGUGGAAGCAGAGGAGACCACCACGACGUUCUACUCUGCGUUUGAGCGCAAGGCAGUGGCGAAACCGAGCGUGAAGCGGGGGAAGCAAGCGGGGAGGGCCAAGCAGGCGUCCAAAAGCGAUACCGAGGAAGUCGUGUUCAAAGUCGGGGACACAGUGUCGGUAGCGAGUCUGCGACCACAGGCGAGCAUCGGCGUGAUUGUAGCAAUGUGGGAGACGAGCGCGCUGGAGUGCAUCGACGAGGAGACGCACCCGCGGCAGAAGGUCCGCAUACACUGGUUCCUGCGCCCGAGCGAGCUGGCCAAGUGUGGUGCGAAGCGGGAUCAUUUCGUGAACGAAAUUUACUAUUCCCUCGACUCCACCGACGUUAUCAUGCCCAGCUGCAUCCUUGAGCACUGCGUCGUCACGAGUCGCGUGCCCCGCGACCUCCAGCGCAAGAGCGGCGUCGCGUGGCAGGGCUCGAACUCGCCGACUAAGAGCAGGCGGAACGUGGGCAUGUACGACAGUGGCACCGAAGACGAGCUCUCGGACGAGGAGGACGUGAGCGCGCAAAGAGAAAAGUUCUACUGUACGCAUGCUAUCAACUCGGCGCGGGGGUUGUACUACGAUCUGGAUUGGGACCGACACUGCGCGCGGGCGAGGAAGGCGGGUGAAGGGAAGGUUGGAGAUGAAGAGGCGCUCGGGAGGGGCGAGGAGUGGAACGUCGUGCCGGACCACAAGGUGGAGAAGAAGGGCAAGGGUCAUGCUAGCGACUCGGAGGAGUCGGAUGGCUCAGGCUCGGAGGAUAACUAUGCCCACUUAUCCGACUCGGAUGAUGAGGACGACGAGUUGCCGGUCGUUGGGCCUGAGGACUCGGAUGAGGAGGGCGACGACGACCAUGGCUCGGACGAAGAGGAGUCCGUGCCGCAUACACCCUCGCGUCGGAAGCGCAAGCGUGGGACCGCGGCUGCUACCUCGCCCCGCAAGCGCCAGCGUACGGUCGCGCAGCCCACGCCGCACUCGAAGGCCGCGCUCAGGAAGCGCGCGCGCAAGGACGCGCCCGACUCGCCGAUCAGGAGGCCGCGCUCGCCAAACAAGGUCCCUGGCUCACCAAGCAAGGCCUCUCGCUCACCUACCAAGACGCCCCGCUCACCCACCAAGACUCCGCGCUCACCGACAAAGAAGCUCGCCGUCCGCCCGCGCACGCAGACCUUCGCCACCCUCGACCUCUCGAACGUGCCGAAGGACCCGUGGCUGCGCGCGAUGCACGCGCUGCAUGUGGGGAGCCGGCCGGAGGCGCUGCCGUGUCGGGAGGCCGAGUUCGAGCGGGUGCUGCGGUGCGUGGGCGAUUUGUUGGAGGAGGGGAGUGGGGGGUGUAUAUACAUUUCCGGUACGCCUGGCACGGGCAAGACGGCGACUGUGCACGCAGUCGUGCGCGAGCUCAAGCGGAUGGCGGAAGCUAGUGAAACCAAUCCGUUCACCUACGUCGAGAUCAACGGGCUUAAAGUGCCCGAGCCCGCCGCCGCCUACAGUUUGCUCUGGGAAGCCGUCUCUGGGCAUGACGUGGCGAAGGAGGGCCACCUGCGCGUGGGCGCGAAGGAGAGUUUGCGCGAGCUGACGAGGCAUUUCGGGGGUGGGGGCGGGCGGGGGAGAGGCCCGAGUGGACAUGCUUGUGUCGUUCUGAUGGACGAGCUCGACCAGCUGGUGACGACGAAGCAGGACGUGGUGUACAACUUCUUCAACUGGCCGACUAUCGCGAAUAGCAAGCUGGUUGUGCUCGCGGUCGCGAACACGAUGGAUCUGCCCGAGCGCGUGAUGACGGGGAGGGUGCGCAGUCGGCUGGGCAUGACGCGCAUCAACUUUCAAGCAUAUACGACGCCGCAGCUGAACACCAUCGUCAGCACGCGUCUGCAGCAGGCGUUGGUGGGCCUGAGCGAGGAGGACAAGAAGGAGGUGCCCGACGGCGUUAUCUCGCCCGACGCAGUCAAGUUCGCCGCGAUGAAAGUCAGCAGCAUCAGCGGGGACGCACGGAGGGUGUUGGACAUAUGCAGACGCGCCGUCGAGCUCGUGCACCCCAAGCGCCGCGCGGUCAAGAUCCCGGACGUCGCCGAGGUCAUCAAGCUCAUGCAGAACAGCCCGACGGCGGCCUUCCUCCGCGGCUGCAGCCUGCAUGAGCGCCUCAUGCUCGCGGCGCUCGUCAAGUGCGUCAAGCGGGAGGGCGUGGAGGAGAUCAAGUGGGGCGAGGUCCAAAACCAGCACCUCAACUACCUCGAGAGCCUCAGCGGGCACGACGAGUCUGCGAGGCGGCCGAGUGCGACGGAGCUGGCUUCUGUGCUAUGUGCGCUGGUCGCGUCUCGGGCGAUGCUUGUGGAGGAUAGCGCAGGCGCACUAAGGAAGUCGCAGGCGGAGCGUCGGGUGGUGCUUAACCUCGAGCAGGGCGAGGUGGAGCGGGUGUUGAGCGAGGUUGGUGGACAAAGGUGGAAGAACGUGUUGAGCGCUUCUUAG